CGCCGGCAGAGUCCCCCCCCCCCCCCCAUCCUCACAAUGGACGCGCCCCGCGGGCGCCGCGCGGGGAGCCCCGCCGGGAUGGCGAGCGCGGGCGGCGGCGGGAGCCCGCUGCUCUGAGCCGGGGCCGCGCCGAGGAUGCUCCCCAAUGGCACCUGCACGAGGCUCCCGGGCGGCGCGGGCGGCGGCGGCGGCGACACCGGCGGCGGCGGAGUCGGCGGCGCCCUGGAGGAGGCGGCGGCGGGGGGCAUGGACUCGGGCGGCAGGAACUCCUCCGGCGCCCCGAACAGCACCCUGAGCGAGUCUCAGGGCAGCGCCAUCCUCAUCUCGUUCAUCUACUCCGUGGUGUGCCUGGUGGGGCUGUGUGGCAACUCCAUGGUCAUCUACGUGAUCCUGCGCUACGCGAAGAUGAAGACGGCCACCAACAUCUACAUCCUCAACUUGGCCAUUGCAGAUGAGCUGCUGAUGCUCAGCGUCCCCUUUCUGGUCACCUCCACCCUGCUGCACCACUGGCCCUUUGGGUCCCUGCUGUGCCGCCUGGUGCUCAGCGUGGACGCCAUCAACAUGUUCACCAGCAUCUACUGCCUGACCGUGCUCAGCGUGGACCGCUACGUCGCCGUGGUGCACCCCAUCAAAGCGGCUAGGUACCGUCGACCCACUGUAGCUAAGAUGGUGAAUCUGGGCGUCUGGGUGCUUUCCAUCCUCAUCAUCCUGCCCAUCAUCAUCUUCUCCAACACAGCGACCAACAGUGAUGGAACAGUGGCUUGCAACAUGCUCAUGCCGGAGCCCACCCAGAGGUGGCUGGUGGUCUUUGUGAUCUACACCUUUCUGAUGGGCUUCUUGCUGCCUGUGGUGGCCAUCUGCCUCUGCUACAUCCUCAUCAUUGCCAAGAUGCGCAUGGUGGCCCUGAAGGCUGGCUGGCAGCAACGCAAGCGCUCGGAGCGCAAGAUCACCCUCAUGGUCAUGAUGGUGGUGAUGGUCUUUGUCAUCUGCUGGAUGCCUUUCUACAUUGUGCAGCUGGUCAAUGUCUUUGUAGAGCAGGAUGACGCCACUAUCAGCCAACUCUCAGUCAUCUUGGGCUAUGCCAACAGCUGUGCCAACCCCAUCCUCUAUGGCUUUCUCUCGGACAACUUCAAGCGGUCCUUCCAGCGGCUGCUCUGCCUCAGUUGGAUGGACAAUGCUGCAGAGGAACCCAUCGACUACUAUGCCACUGCCCUGAAGAGCAGGGCAUACAGCGUGGAGGACUUUCCCCCAGACAACUUGGAAUCGGGGAGCAUGUACAGGAAUGGCACUUGCACCUCCAGGAUUACUACCCUUUGAGGAAGCGUUCCUGCCCCUGGGCUCCCCUACUGCCCCUCAGCAGGAGGAUGAGCGAGGCCAGUGCUGUGGCAUAGGGAAGCUGGGAGGGAGGGGCUUUUGGUCUUGUGCACCAACAGUGGUGUUUGGCACAAGAGGGAGUGAAGAAAACCCCACGUCCUCAGUCUACUGCCCCAUUCCCCCCCAUCUGCCUCCCUUGAGAGCGGAUGCGUUUGCUCAUGCUUUGACACCUUAGCAAAGUGCCGCACUCAUGGGUCGAGCUAGGAUCUGCUGCCCCUCUCUUGUGUCUGACGAGUGGCUGUAGGGAUCCUGCAGUGACUCUCCCCUCACCUUUUGUACAGGUUGUCCUCCAUCUCGGUUGAUGGGACCCCCCCGGCCACUGAGAUGAGCCUGACUCGGUCAAGCCCCGGCAUUCAGACUCCCCUUGACGGAAAGUGACUUUGCACAGCAUCUCUUGGUAUGCACCUUCCCUUCAGAGAGUGGAAACGCUGAGAACCACCCCCUAACAUAUACUUUGUCCUCCUCCAGGAAGGGGCAAGUAACCUCUCUCUGCUGCCCUGCCAGAAAUAAAAAAGAAAGAGGGGAGUAAAAACACCCCAAGAAAAGCAACAGCAUAGUAAUGGAGCCGUCUUUUGCUUUGCAGACAGCUUUUACUUCACGGGGGCUCUGUCUCUCAGUGCUACGCUCGGGGAAAGCAGAGCAGAAAAGGUCUUCAGAAAAAAAAAAAUCUGAUUAUUGCUGUGUUUCAGAGCUGUGCAGCAGGUUGCUGAUAACAGGAGAUAAACAGUCCCGUGACUCACAGGGAGCAGAGCACUGAGCCAGGAGUCGGGGGGGGGGAGCACUGAGCUGGGAAACGUUUGAAUGCGUCCACAGGUACAAUAAAGUGUGCUAUAAUAAAGUUUAAAGGGAGCACUAGACUGUGAAGCUAUUGUCUUGUGACUGCUCCAUCAGCUGUGAAACAGCAAUGAAGGGAGCUGAGACAGUUUUGAAUGACCUGGGUGACUGCAAAGUCACUUUAGCCUACGUGGAAAAAAAGAGGGAUUAAUUUCAAAAUCUCCCAUCAGGCUCUGGAAUAAAUACUUGACAAAAAAAGUAGCUGUUUGAUAAUGACUAUGACCCGAGCUCCAGUUUCUUCUGUUGCACUAAAAAAAAAAUAAAAUGGGUUUCCUAUGUUGCCAAUGUAAUAUACUGGCCCAAAGCUUCUUAUUGUCUCAUUUCUGAGAACUCUUGGGUUUUGUAUGUGUCAGAUUUCUUUUUGUUUGAUUUUUUUUGUUUGAUUCUUGUUACUGUGUUGUGAAUGUGUUUCUCUGAAGCAAUUUGUAUGGUGUACUUACGUCUGUAGUGGCUGCUUGCAAGGUUGCAUUUUAAAUGGGUGAUGCUCAAGAAAGCUCUUUUUCAGAUAAAAAUGUUGUCACUUUUUCUAACUCUUCCAUCUCUGUUGUCUCCUCCACAAAAAUUCUCUCCUGAAUUUUCUCUCUUCCCCUCUUAUGACAGAACAAUUUUCAUAUAGGUGAAUGAAGCUUUCUUAUUUGAGAAAUGACAGCAGAAUAAACAAACCCUUCUAUCCCUGCUCCUUCUUACUGCAGUUGUAAUAAUUGGCAUGAACUGUGUUGAAAUAAGCAGCUAUGGUUUUUUUUUGCUUUCUACCACCGAUGUUAACGAUGUCACACAGUGGCAGGUGUCCCGGUAGCUGUGACAAAUCACUUUUCUAGCACAAUAAUGUGGUUCUAUUAAUUAUAACUACCACCAAUCUGACACAAGAGAUUGGGGAAAAUCGCUAGUAGCAGCAAACCCGUAACAUUGUGCUGGUAGAUAUGGUGCUUAAGUACAGCGUUAAGUGUCAGACUGACAAUUAAGGCAUCUAGCAUUUGCAGUGGUGGACUUACAACAGGUUUUUAUUGAAUUUAACUUUUCUCAGUGGCAAAAUGCAGGAUACUACUUUGUACAUUUCUUUCACCAAAAAUUAGGUACUGUUAAAUGAAUGUAUAAAUUUAGUACUUCAAAGUUGUCUGAUUCAAAGCCCAUCGAAAUGAGAGAAAAGGUCCUAAGCCACUUCAAUGGGCUGUGAGUCAGCUCCUUUUAGUUUAAAAAUUGCUAAUGUGGAAGCUGUUACAUCCUUAUUAAAAUAUUUUGUGAAAAGCUUUA